AUGGAGAAGUUUCGAAGCGGUCUUGCCCGAAUGAGUCAGCUCAUACCACGGCUUCACAGGAAACCAGAGAAAGAAAACCGCAGCGUUGUGUUUCCACCCCGCAUUCCUGCCAUUUCCCUAAAUGUCCGAAACCCUAAUCCCCAAAAACCCGGCAAGGCAUUCGUGGCUACUCUUGUACUGCAGGUGUCUAUAAGCGGUGCCGAUUGCUUACCAUCAGGUUUCUGUGACUAUUUAGAGUCAGAGGCCAACUUCCAUAAGCCUAUAUUAGAACGAAGCAACAUUGUCAACAAAGGCGUUUGGGUUCGAAAUAAGGAUAAAGAAAAUCUCUUCGAGAAAAACCGAAUCGGCGAUUUCAUUUUCCGCGAAAACUCUCUGGAUGUGGACAACUUAUUGCAGAAUAAUUUCGAUGCGUUUGGUGCGAAUUACAUGCAAGAUUCUCCGUUCGUUUCUGCGUACGUUAAAAGGAAUAAAAGGCAGACUAGACAUAUUCGACAACAGCGACCUAGAAAGAGUAUAAUAAGAAGCUGCAUCGGCAAAGGAUGUAAAAUGAGCCUCGAAGUAAAGGAUCCAGCGCCAGAAAUAAUCAAAACUAAAUUAAACGAGUUAACUAAAAGAACAACGUCAGUCUUCAAUGACUAUCCAUACGAAGUAGCCAUUUUACUAAACAACAAAAGCGACUCGAAUACAGAGAAAAUAAACACACCGAACGUUAAAAAGGAAAACUCGAAAAGCAAUAGUUAUAAUUUUACUAAAAACUACGGAAUCCCACAUACGGUAGGUUUUUCAGUCGAAACCGAAAACGAUACAGCAACAGUAAGAAACACAACUUCGCCAAAAAGAAGUAUGAAAUAUGAUUUCGAAACGGAAAUUAUUAAAAAAUUCGAAUUCACUGAAGAUAUUAAUAAGACACAUGGGAGUAUGCAUAAUGACAGUAAGAUAACAGAUAGAAAUAUAUUCGACAAAGAAUCUGUAUGGCAUCAAAAUGCACCAAUACCAGAUGUUAAUGUAUACAAAGUCGUGCCUAAAGAACCUCAAAAGAGUAAGCCUGUGACUGAAAGAGGUCUCAUAAAGGUCAUAUCAAUGCUAACGAAAACAUUUAAGAAAAUUAUGAAACAACACAACGAAAUAAAAGACAUACAUUCUAGAAUAAGCGAUAUAAAUGAAGACUUUAUCAAAAACGCAGCUACAGUCACCGGUAAAUUCCAAGAUUUCGAUCUUAAAUACUUAUAUUUGUUGAAAUUCCACGAAAAGUUGAAGGCCUUUGACGCGAAAUUGGCGUCCAAACAAGAAUAUUUCAAAAAUAAAGAAAGAGAAAUGGCAAGGAACUUCAAAGAAUUCGAAAAUCAACAGAAGAAAUUCUUACAACAGCAACGACAGUUUUACAAUAUACAAAAGUUGAUGUUGGCACAGAAUGAGAAAAUAAAUCUAAAACAGAAUUUGAUAGCGAAGACACAGAGCGAAAUAUCCCACAGGCAAAAUAAUUUCGCUAGAAUACUGAAGAAAGCAAAACAGUUGUAUGUUGAAAGCAGGAAUCCGUCGAUAACUAAACUAAGUUCAAGUUUGACCAAAUUAAAUAAUCAUAAUCAAAAACCUGAACCAAUCACACAUACAAGCACGGUAACGCCAUCGACAGAAUCGAUUAAAAUCAAUCUUUUUUCAAUACCAACUUCAAAUAAACUACAAAAUCAGGACGAUCUAAUAAUGAAGGAAAAAGACGAACAGAGUAUAGACGAUUUGGUCUACAAAUAUUAUUUUAACAAUACAUUCAUCGACAAUUUGAUGAAAAAUAAUAUAUUAGCGAAUGUUAUGGGAGUUCCAGAAAAUUCUGCGCAUCAAAGAAAUGUCAAAAAUAAGAGAAAUGAAUUACAAAGUACAGUAUUGCUGCCAGUUUUUGAAACAAAUAAUACUGAAACUUAUGAUAAUAAGAAUAGGGAACGAAGAUGGAUUAACCAUCACUCCAGACAUAAGGCAAGGAGGCGUGAUCGGGGAAAAGGUGCUCUAGCUCCUAUAAUAAAUGCUACAGAUGCAAAAAUUCUUAGGAAAAAUGUAGUUAACAAUGCGCCACUAGCAGCAGAAGCUCCCGUACUAAAAGAGACAAAAGACAUUAAAAUCAAGAACGAUCCUUUUUUAACUAUGGCGACGAAUUUCUGCAAUGAAAUUCGUCAAAAUUUAAAUCCACAAAUGCUGAGAUGGUGCGUGGAAAAGGCACUGAGGAGGUUACAGUUUCUUGACAUGAAAACACCGUCACCAGCUGAAACCCCGAAAACCAUACCAGCAGCUAAACCAUUAAGUAUGCCAGCCGUUUCUAAGCUGAACCAACCAGUCACCAGUUUUACUGAAUCAUCUAAACUUUCUGGAGUAUCUGAAGUGGCCUCAGCGUUUACGACUGACAGAGUAGAAACUAAACAGUCUACUGUUAGCACUAGCGAAGUACCAAGUAAGAUGACAGUAUCACCAUUAACACAAUCAACAUCCAGAAUGAUCACAACAGCAGCCAACAAAGAAAACACAAAGAGCCAUAUUUUAGGAGAUAUCAACCAUUUCCCAGAUAAUGAAGAAUUGGAAUGGAAUUUGAAACAGUUUGUGGAUAGUGAAAGCCAGGUUAUUGACGAUAUUAUCCCUGGAUUGGAUAGUAACUCCAAGGUCGAUUUGGAUCCUCUGGCGUUCGACCUUCAAGCCCAAAGAAGGGCGCUUGUCAGACAAUUGAAUCAAAAAAUUAAAAUGUCUUUGGGAUAA